AUGAUUUGGAACCAAGUGCUGUGCCUAAAAUUUAUCUGGAUACUUCUAUCAAAAGCCUCUUCACUGUGGGGGGAUUGGCACUGGAGUACUCACCUCAACACGCACUCCUUCUGGACUGUAACCGCAUCAGACUCCGACUCCUGGACUUGGAAGAAGAUACUUGAUCUUCGACCUCUCGCUCUUCAGUUCAUCAGAACAAGAUUAGGAAACGGAGAGGACACAAGCUUCUGGCAUGAUGUUUGGACGCCAUUCGGACAGCUCAUCUCUCAUAUUGGUCCCUCCGGUCCUAGAGCACUAAGACUGAGAAAUGAAGCCAGGGUGACGGAUGCUAUCAGAGGUUCAUCAUGGUCACUUCCUCACCCUCGAUCGCAGAGGGAAGUAGAGCUGCAUAUCUAUCUUACAACUAUUUCACUUCCACUUUCUGAGCAUAUAAAUGAUGAGUAUGAAUGGGUUACUGGUGAUAGUUCUUCUAUUGUUUUCAGGUCCUCAGCUACAUGGGAGAUGCUAAGGCCUAGAGGAGAGCUAAAGGACUGGUUUGAUGUUGUUUGGUUCAAGGGAGCAAUCCCCAAGCUCAGUUUCACAAUGUGGGUUGCGAAUUAUGAUCGGUUGCCUACCAGAUCAAGACUUGCAGCAUGGGGUCUCCCGGUCUCACCGCUCUGUCCUUUCUGCAACCAACAUGACGAAACCAGAGACCAUCUCUUUAUCUCCUGCACCUACAGUCAAGACGUUUGGCGUGGAGUGCUCGUGCGUUGCCAACCCAACACAGCAGCGAUCACCUCCUGGUCUGAACUGCUGUCUUGGAUCAGAAAUCGAUCCCUCUCCCGGCGGCUCACUCUCUUACGGAAGCUUGCUGCUCAGUCUGUCAUCUAUCACAUAUGGAAGCAGCGAAAUAACCUUGUGCACAACCAGACAUCCAUUCCGGCCUCUACUAUCUUUAGAGCCGUUGAUAAAGAGGUUAAAAACAUCAUCUCGGCAAGAAGGCUGAGGAAAAGGUUUAGCUCUCUUAUGAGACUGUGGCUAAGAUAAUAGCCUGUUAUUCACCUCUUUGUAUCCAUCUUGUUUUUUCUUUCUUUUUGCCAAGAUGAUACAGAUCAUAAGAUCAUUUGUAAACAAACUCUUUCAUUCUAUGAUAUUUACAA